AUGCUGAUGUCCUGUCUAUUGACACCUGUACUGGCCUUGCGGAAGACCUGCUUGGUCAGUAUAGGUCAUGUUCACACCCACACGAAGUUCAUGAAGAAGGAGAAGGAUAGGGGAUACAUCCCAUGUGCCUACAGUCGCUGCAGUCAUCGAGCACCAACACAGGAGGACUUGUGGUAUCAGCAUGUCCUUCCGAACCACCUGCAAAGGAUAGAGUUGCAAUGUCCUGUCCAAUCAUGUACAACAAAGGCUGUGUCUGCAUUGCACACUCUUGCACUGGAGAACUCUGCAUCCACAUCCUCCCGUGCUAUUGGAGUGCUCCCAACUGUACCUCAGAGGGCUCGGCGCAAGCAACUGGAGCCUGAAGAGGAACAAGUUGAUCUAUGCACAAUCGAGUUCGAUGACUUCGAGCCUGGGCAGAUUUCCGUGUCCGACAACGCGAGUGGUGCACCAUGUUUCCCACACCAGAACAUUGUGACGCACCCAGCACCAUUUCGAACGGAGGUGUCACGCCCGCCCGUCCUUGUCCAACCGCCAAAAGUACUCGAGCCGCCACCUAGUAUCCUAUACCAUGCGUGGGAAAUUGAGGUCAACAAGCGGCUUCCCCCAGAGCCUCAGGAAGAGGACGACGACGAUGAUGGGCCCUCGGAGCCAGACUCGGACUAUGACUCGGAGGACUGCGACCCAACCCCAGCGCACAUGCCGCUUAUUGUGUCGUCAACCGGACCGCCCGCCAACGCAACUGGAUCGAGUUUGACACCGUCUUCCAGCCAUGUCGCCACUCAGGGAAACAGAGAUGCCCGCUACGCAGAUCGCAGCACGCGCAAGCGCACUGCCGGCUCCCCACCCGAAACUUGCAGCGCCAGGCCCUCGAAAUCGCGGCGGACAUCGAUGCAGGAUAUCUCCGACCUUGCGGCGGAUCUGCACUUGGACACGUAG